GAGCUCCAAGCUUCAGUUGUACACAGCGAUUGAGGAGCUUUUUUGGACAGCCAUGUUCAAGUUCGCGUCUUAAGUUAAGCUUGAAUUCCAUCCAAAGAAGUUUUCAAUAGCGGGCUCGCCUCUCUACCAUCAAAUGGACGCAGAGCCACCAUAAUGAAGCUCGUAAUCCGCCCAUCGGGCUUUACUACGCUUGCGCCGCACCUUCACCCGUUGCCUACGAUUCUGCAGAGACGCUGCUAUGCGGCCCAACAUGGACUUGGAACGACAACGAUACCAUCAUCCGGCCCGAGGCGGAAGACAGUGACGCCUUUCAACGACGACGGUAGAGUCCCCUGGCACGAGUUGUCAGCGGGAGAGAAGACGGCGAGAGCGACACAGCAAUCCUUCAAUUUCGGAUUGAUCAUUGCUGGAUUUGCCCUGACCGGUGUUGUGGGAUACUUCUUGUAUUCGGAUGUCUUUUCCCCUGAUAGCAAAACCGCAUAUUUCAAUCGCGCCGUCGAUCGAAUAAGGAAAGACCCCGAUUGUUUGAAGUUACUCGGAGAUGCAAAGAAGAUCGAGGCACACGGCGAAGAAACAAGGAACAAAUGGCGUCGUGCCCGCCCCAUUGCAGCUACGUACAAAACUGACAGCCAAGGCAACGACCACAUGAUGCUGCAUUUCUAUGUUCAUGGACCCUUGAAUACAGGCGCUGCCAAUGUGCAUCUCGUAAAACGAGCAGGCCACUCUAGUUACGAGUACAAGUAUCUCUAUGUGGAUGUCCCAGGCCAGUCACGCAUCUACCUAGAGAAUGCGGACACCAAAACGUCAAGCGACUCCAAGAAGUAUAAACUAUUUGGCGUCAGCUGGAGAAAAUGAGCGAUUUUGUCUCUCUUAGCAACACGCGAACUUCUAUGUACAAUAUUUCUGUCCCACUGGUUGCCACCACUGCAUGCACCGGGUGGUCAAAUCUGGAUACACCAGGACCAUGGCUACGAUAUUUCAUGAAUGCUUUCUGGGAGGAUAUUGAGAAAGUGACACUGGGAAAGAUGGCAAGGUUCAAUAUUGGUUGACUUCAGACGGCCCUGGACGCACAACCCACAUCCUAUGCAGCAGCAAAUGAAGUCAUCUGUCUACGGAGCAAUGGUGGA